AUGAAAUUCUCCGCUGCAACGUUCGUCGCAAAUGCGUUCCUUCUCUAUAGCUCAACGGUAAGUGCUGAUUCUAUUGCUUCCGCAUCAAUUGCAACCAGUGAAAGCUAUGUCAUAAUGAAUUUUGAGAAAAAGUACGGUGAUUCAUUCGAAAACGCUUCUAAUGAUAGAAAUGCCGGAGCGCACUUGGUUAGGAGAGAAGACGACUAUGAACUAGUGAAACUGACCAAUGAAAAUAGUUUUUACUCUGUAGAACUGGAUAUUGGCACUCCACCUCAAAAGAUUACUGUGCUUGUGGAUACGGGCUCUUCUGAUCUUUGGGUCACAGGUUCAAACAAUCCAUAUUGUUCCACGAAGGGGAAGGAUACCUCCGAUUUUUCGUUUAAACAAAUACAUAAAGAUAACCCGGCGAGCGUGGUUGAAAGCGUGAUUACUGAAAUCAGCUACGACACCACAAUUUCUGUCAUUGAAGCUACCGCCACUCUAGAUAAUACACCGUUAGCAUCGCAGAAGAUUAAUUGCGGCACGUAUGGCACCUUUGACAGUUCUAAGUCGUCUACAUUCGAAUCCAACAAGACCAAAUUCUCAAUCACCUAUGGUGACUCAACCUUUGCAUCUGGUACAUGGGGCCAUGAUCAAUUGAACUUGAACAAUUUGAACGUUACUGGCUUAUCGUUUGCUGUUGCAAAUGAAACAAACUCUACCGUUGGUGUCCUGGGUAUUGGUUUACCGGGCUUAGAAUCGACUUAUUCAGGUGUUAGUCUCAGCUCUGUGCAAAAAAGCUACACGUAUAAUAAUUUCCCAAUGGUUUUGAAAAAUUCGGGCGCCAUCAAAUCAUCCGCCUAUUCUUUGUUCUCGAAUAAAUCAAAUUCCGAGCACGGUACCAUUUUGUUUGGUGCUGUGGAUCAUGGGAAGUAUACAGGUGAUCUUUACACAAUCCCGAUUAUAAAUAUUUUGCAAAAUAACGGUUACAAGGAUCCAAUUCAAUUCCAUGUCACUUUGCAAGGGAUAGCUGUCGCGACAGGCGACGGAAUGGAUAAUGCGACAACUUUAACGACUACAAAGAUCCCAGCUCUGUUAGAUUCAGGCACCACAAUCUCAUAUCUUCCAGUCAAGCUGGUCGAACUGCUUGCCGACAAAGUCGGAGCUUCUUAUUCUUCUGAAUAUGGUUACUAUGUAAUGAAUUGCAUUCAUGAAGUCAAAAAGGAUAUCACCGUCGUCUUUGAUUUUGGUGGAUUCCACAUUUCCAGUUGGUUGAGCAACUUUCAACUAUUCACAGACAGUAGUUCAGAUGUUUGUAUACUAGGCUUUGCACCUCAGUCGGAUCCAACUGUCAUUUUGGGUGAUAACUUCUUGGUUAGCACUUAUAUAGUGUACGAUCUUGAUAAUAUGGAGAUAUCUAUGGCUAAUGCUGACUUCAGCGACAAUGAUGAAUACAUUGACGUCAUAGAGAGCGCUGUUCCAAGUGCCUUGAAAGCACCUAAUUAUUCAAAUACCUGGUCCACAUACGAGAGCAUCGUCCCAGGUGGAAACAUAUUUUCAACGUCUUCUAACGUCAGUAUGUCGGGCUCUGGUUCUAGGUCUCAUUCAGCAACAAGUUCUUCCAGCCUCAAAGGUCAAAAACUACAAACAAGUACAACUAAUUCAAGAUCUAGUGCGGCAACAUCGGUGUCUUCUCCUACCUUAAGCUCCUCUACGAGAAAAGAAAAUGGAGGUGAUAACCUAAGUCCACCAUUUUUCGCCAGACUCAUUACAACUAUUCUCUACUAUAUUUGA